CGAAAUUUUUUAAAUCUGCUUUUGUGGAUUUCGAUAGAAAUUUGUCAACAGAAAAACUAACGCAAAAAAAUCCUGAGCGAUGACUCCUUGCUUAAAUGACAUGCGCAAGUCAGUUUGAGGUUACAUUAAUCAAAACAAACUUCUAUUUACCAAAACGGCAAGGAGUCAGUUACGAUAUAUGCGUUAGUGUCAGCUAGUGUGGUAAACAAGGUCAAAGAUUUACUCGUAUUUAUCUAUGUUCGUAUCAUCGUACAAAUGGAUGCUUGGGACGCAGGCUUUACGCCGGUUGAGUCAAAUUAGAGAAAUUUCUGUGUUCAAUUAGAGAAAAGUGUCAACCGGACCGUUUAAUCAAUGGGAGUCUUUUGCAGCAUGAAAUCCCAACUUGAAUGAUACACACGUAUGGAACACUCUCUACAGCUACAUAGAUGAAAGUCUUCCCUCUCGUGUGUACAAACUACAAAGUUUGAAAAACGGUGCACAGUUACAACAACCAACUGAAUGACAACCAUUGUUUUAACGUAACAGGCAGACUCUCAGUAGUGCGUGGUUGUAAAAGUGCUCAUAUGUGUGUUUUUGUGUUAACAACUCAACAUGUCGGGCUGUGGGCAAUUUAACAAACUGUUUGAAUUCGAAAAGAGCGCCGAUUGGAAGUUGCCCGAUAAUGCGUUCAGUGCGGCCCAUUUCGAAAUCCCAGAGCUACAAGGGAUGAAACGCGAGUUGAAUAGUGUAAAAGGGCAACUGAAUCAGUUUGAUUUACAUGAUUGGCAUUCGCAUACGAAAAACCGCUUUUUGGCCGGUUUUGUAUUGGGGCGAUUAAAGGCAAAAAUCAAAGCGGAACUACUCACUCAAGCUUGGUGUAAGUUCUACGAAAUACUCAGCAGAUUUCCGUCGUUGAUUGACAAUAGCGUUGAACGCUUUAAAAGUCUUCAUCUCUGUGAAGCACCGGGGGCCUUUAUCAGUGCUUUGAAUCAUCGUCUGGCUUCGCAUUAUCCUACGAUUGACUGGCAGUGGCAGGCUAGUACAUUAAAUCCGUAUUACGAAGAAAAUUCUUCGUCGGCAAUGAUUUCUGAUGACCAACUAAUCAAGCACACCCACUCCCAGUGGCUUUUUGGGGCUGACCAAACAGGCGAUCUGCUCCAGUAUUACAACCAUGUCGAUAUCGUUAACAAAUCCACUUCCAACGGCAAACUUAACUUGAUAACCGCCGAUGGCAGCAUAGAUUGCAUGAGCGACCCCGGCGAACAAGAGAGAUUAGUCGAAUUCCUUCAUUAUUGCGAAACAAUCACAGCUCUGGCCAGUUUAGCCCCUGGUGGUUCGUUCGUUUUAAAAAUUUUCACCAUGUUUGAAAAAUCCACCGUCUGCUUAUUGUAUUUGCUUUGUUGCGUUUUUAAGCAAACCUUCCUGUUUAAACCGGCCACCUCGAAAAGCGGCAACUCCGAACUUUACGUAGUUUGUCUUACGUAUACUGAACUUUUACCAUCCGCUCCCAUAUGGGAUCAGUUGGUAUUGCCUUACAAAAAGGGGGGGUUUAACAAGACCCAAGCGAUGUUUUCCUUAAGUGAUAUCCCAGAUAGUUUUCUCCUUCAAUUGACUGGCAGUUGUUCAGACUUUUUUCUGCAACUGCAAACUAACAUUAUCAAUGACAACAUCUACUAUUAUCAGAAUCCCCUUGAAUCGGAUCAGCGUAGCUUAAAGCUGGAAAAAAUCAACAUUGCUCAUUAUUACAUGAGAAGGUAUCAGGUGAAACCUAUUCCCAAAGGUCGCCGGCUUAUUCAUCAAUCGAAUAAGCGGGAUUUGGUUGAUUUGCAAAGGAUUGGCCAAGUUUCGACCAAAGAUUUUCCCGAUAUGUUUGACGCGAUCAACAUAUACAUUGGGAAGCGAAUCGAUGUUGUUCGCAAUUCAAAGUUCGCGUCUUUAGACCAAGUACAGAACUUGCGUUAUUCUUCAACUAGAAACCAAACCCAGUCCACUUUAUACAGUUUAGUGCUGAGUCGAGUGGAACAGACGACGGUGGUAAUUAACGCAAGUUCUUUUAACUUGGAGGUUUACUUUGAGUACCAAAGGAGCCUGUUUAACGCUCUUAAAGCGGCUGUAGGUACAGGAAAACAUGUUCUUUUAUUGAAUGUGCCGUUACAUACCCAUCUUUUGGCAGGUUUGUGGUGGCUUUUGGCCAGUGCGUUUGAAACAGUCUAUUUUAAGGGUGGCUGGUGUUUAUUUUACAAGAAUCUACCGGACAAAGCAAACUCUGUAAAGGACGCGUUUUCCAGAGUAGAAAAUAUUUACAACACUUUCAGCGCUGAUUCUAGUCAAGCAUUUACUCCUGAUAUAAUUGGCCUUUUUGAUACAAGCAUAUUUUCGAUCGGUUUAAGUUUCAUUCCCUCAAUAUUGAACGUUUAUAACACCUUUUCCAUCCCGAAGCCCAAGUCUGUUGCAAUAAACCAAAGUAUAUAAAUAGGAA